AUGGCUUAUAUCAACUUUGAGCGUCACAAGUUUUCCUACCUCAAGGUCACCAGUAUUGAAUUGGAUUAUGUUAUGGAUGACAGUGACUGUGGAUUUGCCUGUGUUAAUAUUCCAUCAUGUUUCUCUUUUAAUCUGGCCGCAUUUCAAGAUACGAAUGGCAAAGUUCUGUGCGAAUUGCUUCCAUCGGAUAUCUACAACAACUCAGACAAGCUUAUCCCUUAUCAGAGUCACCAUCACUAUAGUAUCGCAUCUCCAUGUAUCAGUUGGCCUUGUCAGAACCAUGGGAAAUGCGCUCCACAGUACGAGAAGAACAGUUACGUGUGUGUUUGCGCGAGAGGAUACACUGGGGAACAUUGUGAAACGGAUAUUGACGAGUGCAGUACUUCCAUUUGGCCUUGUGACGUUAAUGCAGACUGCCAUAACACUAACGGCUCCUACAGUUGUUCCUGUAAAAGCGGAUUUAUUGGGAAUGGAAAAACAUGUACAGAUAUUGACGAGUGCAGUACUUCCAUUCGGCCUUGUGACAUUAAUGCAGACUGCCACAACACUAACGGCUCCUACAGUUGUAUAUUGACGAGUGCAGUACUUCCAUUCGGCCUUGUGACAUUAAUGCAGACUGCCACAACACUAACGGCUCCUACAGUUGUUCCUGUAAAAGCGGAUUUUUUGGGAAUGGAAAAACAUGUACAGGUUAAUUUCCAUUUUCCUUCGAAUAUUGACGAGUGCAAUGCUUCCCUCUGGCCUUGUGACGUUAACGCCAAUUGCCAGAACAUUUAUGGCUCCUACAAAUGUUCUUGUAAAAGUAGAGAAACAUGUAUAAGUAACCCUAUUUGUUCUUAA